GGACUAAAUCCUCUUCCACAAACAAACCAUGGUUACAUCUUCUUCCCCUCCUUUUCUUCGUUCCUCGCCUCAAUUCCUCGGCCCGCGUAUUUCCCCUCCGUCGUCGUCUGUCAACUGCGUCAGUUCCCGUAAGCCGCGUGUCAUCUCCGCUGCCUACACCUCCACGCUCCAAUCCUCCUCUUCAGAUCUGGCUUCCACGUCAUCCCUCUACGACGUCCUCGGCCUAUCGGCCGGCGCCACGUUUCAGGAGAUCAAAUCGGCCUACCGCAGGCUGGCGCGGUCGUGCCAUCCGGACGUCGUCAAGAUGGACAGGAAGGACACGUCAGCGGACGAGUUCAUGAAAAUCCACGCAGCGUACUCUACGCUCUCCGAUCCCGACAAGCGCGCGGAUUACGACCGGACGCUCGUGGGCGGAUGGCAAUCGCGCGCUUCGCCUUUCGCACGUGCGUCUCCUUUCAGCAGCCGUCGCACGUGGGAGACCGACCAGUGCUGGUAACGAAUAGGGUUUUUCUUUUUGGAUUGAGAUUGUACAGAAAUUGGUGCCUACGACGUGCAAGGCCUCUGAUCAUGACCGAAGCGGAACGAUCUGGGCCGUUGGAUGAGGUUGGGUGUGGUCAUGUUAUUGUUUGGUAUGCGUAUCGGCCAUGAGAUUGGUUGCACGGCUAGGAUGGAGCAGAUGGUAUGGAUUUUAGUAAGAGACGGACGCUCUGUGCGUAUGUUAGUAGAACCGGCACAGUGGGGCAAGUGGUACGGUGGAGAUAUUAAUUUGUCCACGAAACCAGUUGUUUAUUUGUAUGGCUUAAAAAUGAUUUAUGUAAAUAUAAAUAAUAAUAAAUUAUUUUUUGAGAGCUA